AUGAUUGGCUGUUGUGAGUCUGGAGAUAUUGGAACCAAGGCCGUAGCGUUGAGCAACAUGUUCCAUCAAAGUGAUGGAAAGUGUUCCCAGAUUACGCCGAGGCGAAAUUUAAUGAUGGCCGCCGUGACAGCAAACAGGCUCACGGCAAGAUGCAGGAGUAAGGCCUCUGUUCUUUUCAUCUAUAUCGGAUAUAAACGGAAUAAGCUUCGGGUUUCCAUUUCCAGCGAGAAUGUGACUUAUGUAGGACUCAAUGGUGAUGAGUAUCGAGCUUAUUUGAGUCAUGGACCAUAA